CUGCUGACGGGCCAGGUGCUCCCUCCCUCCUCCCUCCUCCCGCCCUCUUCCCCUGGGCCCUGCUCCCUGCCCUCCUGUGCAGCCAGGGCAGCAAGGACGGCACCAAGGGAGCUGCCCCAUGGACAGGACCCCACAAAGACACCACCGAACUUCGAGGGAGCUGCUGACUGCAAAGAAGACCCACAUCUCACAAAUCGAAGUGAUUCCUUGCAAAAUCUGUGGAGACAAGUCAUCUGGGAUCCACUACGGGGUUAUCACCUGUGAGGGGUGCAAGGGUUUCUUCCGCCGGAGCCAGCAGUGUCAUGUUGUCUACUCCUGCACUCGGCAGCAGAACUGCCCCAUUGACCGCACCAGCCGCAACCGAUGCCAGCACUGCCGCCUGCAAAAAUGCCUGGCGUUGGGCAUGUCCCGAGAUGCUGUCAAGUUUGGCCGCAUGUCCAAGAAACAGAGGGACAGCCUGCAUGCAGAGGUGCAGAAGCAACUACAGCAGCAGCAGCAGCUGCAACGGGAACAAGUGGUGAAGACCCCUCCAGCAGGGGGCCAUGGAGCAGACACCCUCACCUGUACCUUGGGGCUCCCUGAUGGGCAGCUGCCCCUGGGUUCCUCACCUGACCUGCCUGAGGCCUCUGCCUGUCCCCCUGGCCUCCUGAGAGCCUCGGGCUCUGGGCUGUCGUAUGCUCACACCUCGGCCAAAACAGAGCUCAACGGGGUCCCCUAUCACCUUGAGUACAGCCCUGAGCGGGGCAAGGCUGAGAGCGCAGAGGGUGCCUGUGGCACAGGCAGCCAGCUUACUCCUGGCAGAUGUGGACUUCAUUUUGAGGGAUCCAGGCAUCCUGGGCUCGGGGAACCAAGACAGGGCCUGGACAACUACUGCAGCCCCAGUUUCUACAGCACCCCAGAAACAUCAUAUGCCUCCCUGACAGAGAUUGAGCACCUAGUACAGAAUGUCUGCAAGUCCUACCGAGAGACGUGUCAGCUGCGGCUAGAGGACCUGCUACGGCAGCGCACCAACCUCUUCUCCCGGGAGGAGGUGACCAGCUACCAGAGGAAGUCUAUGUGGGAGAUGUGGGAGCGCUGUGCCCACCACCUCACCGAGGCCAUUCAGUACGUGGUGGAGUUUGCCAAGCGGCUUUCAGGCUUCAUGGAGCUCUGCCAGAAUGACCAGAUUGUCCUAAUAAAAGCAGGAGCAAUGGAGGUUGUGCUGGUUAGGAUGUGCCGCGCCUACAAUGCUGACAACCACACAGUCUUUUUUGAAGGCAAAUACGGUGGCGUGGAGCUGUUUCGAGCCUUGGGCUGCAGCGAGCUCAUCGGCUCCAUCUUUGACUUCUCCCACUCCCUAAGUGCCUUGCACUUUUCUGAGGAUGAGAUCGCCCUCUACACAGCCCUUGUUCUCAUCAAUGCCAACCGGCCAGGGCUCCAGGAAAAAAGGAAAGUAGAACAGCUGCAGUACAGCCUGGAGCUGGCCUUUCAUCAUCAUCUCUGCAAGACUCACCGCCAAGACAUCCUGGCAAAGCUGCCGCCCAAGGGGAAGCUGCGGAGCCUGUGCAGCCAGCAUGUGGAGAAGCUGCAAGUCUUCCAGCACCUCCACCCCAUCGUGGUCCAAGCCGCCUUCCCACCACUCUACAAGGAACUCUUCGGCACUGAAAUCGAGUCCCCGGAGGGGCUGUCCAAGUGACCUGGAAGAGGGAGGCCUUUUCUCUGUCUUUGGCACUCUGGCCACCUUCCAGGACCCUGUUCUACCCUCAGCCCACCCUCAUUCCUUCCCCAUACCUUUUGCAGGGUGGUUCCCACCUGUUCUCUGGGAGUGAGCAAAUGCUGAGAUCAGUUCUCAGACACAGACUUGCCUGGUAGGGGACAAUAGCCAGAGUGCAGCAAUGGAGGAAAGCUAUCUCCAGCCUCAGCCUCCUCUGUCUCCUUCCCCACAGCCUCCACCUCGGCUUGUAUGACUGUGGAAUGGGUGGGAUCUAAGGACCUCUAAGAGGACCAAAGUUUCCUCAAGAAAACAAGAAAAUCCAGGUCACCCUGAAUGAAGAGAACUCAACUCUGGGCUCAGAAGCAAAGAACAGGCCUUUGAAAUACCUCACUGUACUUCCCCAUGCUCUUUGGCUGGGGGAAGAUAAAUCAAGCUCAGAAACUAGUGGCAAGACCCCAGAAGGACCUAGAUAUAACAUGAAUCUGGAUCCUUAGAA